AUGAAUCGUCUCCAUCCCAGCUGCAAUUUCGAGGCAGAGUUGACGCGUCUCAAGGAACGUGUCACUCUUCUUGAGAAACAACUUACAGAUAUCCUACCACAAAAGUCAUCGGACAAGGUGGCGCCCAAGAAGAAGCGAAAGUUGAAUGAAGCGACUGUAUCAACAGACGCAGAGCCGCCGAAAAAGAAGGCGCCCAAGCGAUCAGAAACAGGGGUCCUAGCUAGUAAGGCAUCUCUGCUGACCUGCAUGUCUGAAGCAAGAGACGAUCCGAAAUUGGAUCGACGUUAUCUCACACAGAGAGGACCUCCAAUUACCAAAAGAGCCUUCUCAAAAGCCUAUCUCGAGUGGACACUGGAUGACAUGGAUCCGCGGGUCACGCCAUUUCGAUAUCGACACCGGAAGGCCAACGAGUGUCCUGCCCGAGAGAGCUGCAAACACUGGCAUAUCGUCGACGGCACUGAACGCCACAAGGAAGGAGACAUCUACAUGCUUCUUAAUUGCCUAGACACCGAGUCAGUCGAAGAGGGAGAUAGUGGGUGUGAGGGGAUCAACAUGUUUGAUGAUGAGGAGCCUCGGGCUAAUCGUAUUACUCUUCACCCUUGCCGUAUCUUCAAUUCAUUGAAGCCUGACUUUGGUGCGAUAGAGGAUGAAGGUUAUGUGGUUCUUCAUUGUCUUGUGCUUGAUUAUGGUAAGACGGUGGAGGAGGAUGGGGAUCAAUGGAAGUGGAUGGAUCAGCACGGACGGCUGCUAUCGAGAAUGUCGCUCUAA